UACCGGACCACUGCCUGAGAAUAAAGCAGAUGAUUUUACAGUAAAAACUCACAAGCCCAAAGAAUCUGUGAAAGAAAAACCGGACCCGAAUCUAUACCCCUCAUUCGAGAUCAACCCAUAUAUAACUGAGUAUAUGAAAGACGAGACGAUGUUAGCUUUUAGAGAAAAGUUGAAAGAAAAAAUCCAGUAUGCCAGCGCAGUAUAUAAGUGCGACCUUUGUAUAUUAAGUUUUGACAAUCAAAAGCAGAUCGACGAACACCAUGUACUGGUGCAUAAAGCUAUUAAGAAGAAAACUACGAAGCAUUUCUGUCGUGCAGUGUAA